UAGAAGAAACGUAUUCAGUUACAGCCAAGUGAGAGGUGGCCGAUCCAAUUUUAAUGGAUCCAUUAUGUAACUUCUCAACUCCGGGAGGGAUACAGAGGGAAAGCAAAAGAGAUCAAAAAAAUAAAAUGGCCGGGAUUUUUCAGCGGGAUUUUUCCAACUACUGUAAAUCCUAUAAAUGGAGCCGUAUUAUCAUCCAAAUUUGUUCGCCAAAUUCUAUAUAAAACCGAAAGUAUCGCGUCAUAGAUUUCAUAGAUUUUUCAUUAAUUCUAUUGAUUUUUAUUCAAAACCCUAACUUUUUUUUCUUCCUUCAGCUUUUGGUUUGUAGAUUUUUGAUAGGUUUGUAAUUCUCUGAUUGUUUUGAAACAGUCAGAUUUGUAAUUUUCUGAAUUUUUUUUGAAACAGUAAAAGCGAUUGUAUGUUUAGGUAUCUGAGUGAUAUCAUGAUGUUAUUUCUUUGUUGAUUAGGUUGAAUUUCGAUCUCUGUUACUAGGUUGAAUAUUAUGUUUAGGAUUUCUCUGAUGGUUUUCUAUGAUUUGAUUAAGGUUUAUAUGAUUUGUGGAGGAUUAUUUUUUUUGGAAAUUGUAAAUCCAUUUGGUGUCUUAAACCUGAGUGUUUGAAGCUUAUGGUCUGUUGAUAUGACUGAAUUCAAUUUUAUGUUAUUAGUGAACUUGGAUCUGUUAUGAGAAACCUAAUUAAGGGUUUUUUUUAUCAGUUUCAAUGGUUUUCAAUUUGUUAUUUGCAGAUUUUAUUUUAUUUUCAAAUUAUUGGGUUUUAUGAUAUGCAAAUGUUAUUUUUUUGUCCAAUUGGGUUUCAUAAUCAUUUCGUUGUUUGCUGCUUCAUUCAUGUUUUUAAUUUUUAAAGAUUAUUAGUCUUCUUUGGGUAUCUUUUGAUCUGUUAGAUUGAUCACUUUUCCUUCACAUAAAAUUGAAAUGGGAAUGGACUUAUGCAGUUAUAGAAGCUUUUACUGAUCUGAUUCAACAUUACUUUUUUUAGUCCUUUUCCUAUAUUGAUUGUGAUGUAUGUAUGGUUUUAAUGAUCUCAUCAUAGUUAUAUUUAUUUUAUGGGUUCUUAUAUUGAAUUUUAUGUUAAUAUCUAUGUUCGGUGUAUCCUACUGCCCCUAUGGAUCAUAUGGCUGCUUCAAACAUCGGUAUUGCAAAUUACUUCUAAUUUCGAAAGACUUAUGGUCAAUUUUCUGCAAACAAUCAAUGUUUACUAUUUUGCUGUUCAUUUUACAGAAGGACUAAGACUAGGAGAUCCCAUUGUACAGGGACAACUACUUAGAAUACGACUGCAGGAACGAGUGGCUCAGAACGGAAGGAUGCCAAUUGUCAUUGAUGAACAAUCUGGUGUACUUGUAGGAGAACAUGGAUCUCAUUUGUCCGGUGAAUGUGAUACGAUUCUUCAUGCUUUUGCUCCUUUGGGAUACAAGUCAUGGACAAAAAUUCCUCUCCAAGAUAAGGAGACGUUUAUCGAACAAUUAAAGGAUAAUUUCAUACUAGACACCUCCGUACCAUCUGUUAAGAGAUGCCUGAAUUAUCGUAUGUCAAAGGGAUAUGCCAGCUUUAAGCAGGAGAUGCUGAUGCAUUUUAGAAACCAUGCAACUAUUGAAGAAGCACGUGGCAAUCCUUUUGGAACAUCUUACCAGCAAAUUGGUCAAGUUUGUGUGACAUCUUUGCUAUGGAGAGUACAGAGAAUAUUAAGAAACGCGGUAAUCGUCACGAGAAUUUUAAGGCCUCAAGAAGAUUCAUUUUCAAUUGACGGCAAAGACCUCAAGGACAUAUGUUAUGGGACGACGGAAUCAAGCUAUAAAUAGAGCAAAUGGAACAAACUGAGAGAGUCAAUGCAACUUUCAGGCAGCAUGCACUCAAUAUGGUUCUUGAUCCAGCUGUUGCUCCGACCAGUGAAGAUCCAUAAGCUGUUUAGUGCUUUAUUUUAUAUUGCUCCUUGUUUUUAGUUGAAGUUACAUAAGUAUUAGUUUUCUUUAGUAUUUCAUUAGGGCUGCAUUUUGAGUAAGUUUAAUUAGCAGCCAAAGGGUUGUCUUUUCAGUAGUUCAAUUAGCAGCCAUGAGUGUUGUUACUGCUGAAGUUGUUGGUAUAAUAUUUUGUUUAAAUGGUUUUCCGAUAUUAUUUUCAUAUUUUAUAUGA